AUGUCUCGUUCAUUGCUUCAAAUGUUUGACAGAUUGUCACUUCACUUCACGAUUGCCAAAAUUCAGAAGUCCCUGAGCGAACCAUGCUCUUUUCAAGGCUCUUCAAACGUUUCACAUCAGUGCGAUUCCUUUCUGGGCUAGGAAGGAAUCCACCAGAAGAAACAGCAUCACAGGAUGGGAGCAAGGAACAAUCAAGCGAAAAACCUGAAAUGGGCGCGGAAGCUCAGGAUGAAUACUUUAAGAAGGAACAACAGAAGAGAGUGGAAACAUUGAAAGAUAACUUGCAAGAAGAAAUAGAUUUCCACGAGGAACAAAUUAAGAAGCAUAAGGAAGCUGUGACUCAUUACAAGAAAGAAGUUGAUGAUAUUAAACCUCACUAAUUUUGGGAUGGAAGGGGAUGAUCUUGGACCAGUUAAUGAAAUAACAACUUUAAUAACGAAUGUACACCUCAUUAAAUACUGGGUAAAACAAUA